CAUUAAACUUUGGACAACUUUCCCCCACUCUCUCCCUUCUUCGGCGCGCGUUGUGCUUCUGUGGAACACAUCAUCAAUGGCUUCUGCAACUCUUCCUCCUCUUCCGCACUCUCCCCUCGCUCGCUUCCCCACGCGCAGACUCCACGCGCCCAGAACUGGACUCAAACCUGCAACGGACCGUGGCCUCGCCUUUCUCCAAUCGAACACCUUCCCUCCAAUUCCGUUCGCUCUCUCUGUAAAUGGAGGAGGAGGAAGAAGAACAAGAACAAGAGGGAGCAGCUCAAUCGCGCGAGCGUAUGUCACGGGGCCCGCCUCGGACCCGAUCGUCAGCGAGCCCGACUCGAAGUACGACGGUGAGGACUCCGACGACGGGGAGCCUCCGCCCAGGAACGUGAUUACUUGGGGACUUCUAUGGAGUUUGCUGUCGAAGCACAAGCUCAGGCUGUGCGUCUCGAUGGUCACUCUCAUCGGCUGCACCACCUGUACUCUCUCCAUGCCAAUCUUGUCAGGGAGAUUUUUUGAAGUGCUUAUUGGUGCGAGACCAGAGCCGUUGUGGAAGCUCCUUGGCAAGAUUGGGGUUCUGUAUAUGUUGGAACCGGUUUUUACAGUUUUAUUCAUUGUGAACAUGAACACUGUGUGGGAGAAGGUUAUGACGACUCUGAGAGCUCUGAUAUUCAGAAGAGUGUUGAUCCAGAAGGUGGAAUUCUUUGAUCGCUACAAGGUUGGCGAACUUACUGGUUUGUUGACUUCUGAUUUGGGUUCCCUGAAAAAUGUCGUGAGCGAAAAUAUCUCAAGGGAUCGUGGAUUCAGGGCACUUUCUGAGGUUGUCGGGACAAUUUGCAUUCUAUUCACUCUCUCCCCCCAACUUGCACCAGUUCUGGGCAUGUUAAUGCUGACCGUAUCAGUCUUUGUUGCUGUAUACAAGAGAUCAACUGUACCAGUUUUUAAAGCUCAUGGUUUGGCCCAAGCAUCCAUAGCAGAUUGUGUCACAGAAACGCUGUCUGCAAUUCGCACAGUUAGGUCGUUUGGUGGUGAGAAGCGGCAAAUGAUGAUAUUUGGCAGUCAGGUUCUGGAGUAUCAGAACAGUGGCAUAAAGAUUGGCUCUUUUAAAUCUGUCAAUGAAUCUCUGACUAGAGUUGCUGUUUAUAUUUCUUUAUUGGCCUUGUACUGUCUUGGAGGAAGUAAAGUGAAAUCGGGUGCUAUAUCAGUGGGAACAAUGGCAUCCUUUAUUGGAUAUACCUUCACGUUAACAUUUGCUGUUCAAGGACUCGUCAACACUUUUGGUGAUCUUCGUGGAACUUUUUCUGCUGUUGAUAGGAUUAAUACUGUUUUAUCAGGUGUAGAAAUUGAUAAAGCCCUUGCUUAUGGGUUAGAAAGAGAGAUGCAUAAGAAAGAAUCACAUGAUGAAAAUCACAAACUGUUCUUGGUCAAUGGGUUUGAUGAGAAAGUUCUGUCCCCUAAUAUGCAUUACAUGUCAGCCUUGAAAUCAGCUAGCAGUGUUUGCAGUUUAGCAUGGUCCGGCGACGUGACUCUUGAAGAUGUGUACUUCUCAUAUCCCUUAAGGUCUGAUGUGGAAAUUUUGAGUGGCUUAAAUUUGACACUUAAAUGCGGGACUGUGACUGCUCUGGUCGGACCAAGUGGUGCAGGAAAAAGCACAAUUGUACAGCUACUGGCUCGCUUUUACGAGCCAACCAAAGGUCGCAUAACUGUUGCAGGAGAGGAUUUACGAACAUUUGAUAAACGUGAAUGGGCCCAGGCUGUUUCCAUCGUGAAUCAAGAACCUGUUCUUUUUUCCGUGUCUGUUGGAGAAAAUAUUGCUUAUGGCCUUCCAGAUGAUAAUGUUUCCAAGGAUGAUGUGAUAAAGGCAGCCAAAGCAGCUAAUGCUCAUGAGUUCAUAAUUUCUCUUCCACAGGGUUAUGACACAUUAGUCGGUGAGCGAGGCGGCCUUCUAAGUGGAGGCCAGAGGCAGAGAGUUGCUAUUGCCAGAGCUCUACUAAAGAAUGCUCCAAUACUAAUACUUGACGAGGCAACAAGCGCUUUGGAUGCAGUUAGUGAGCGCCUUGUCCAGAAUGCUCUAAACCAUCUGAUGAAGGGGCGAACGACAUUGGUUAUUGCUCAUAGAUUGAGUACAGUUCAGAGUGCCAAUCAAAUUGCACUUUGUUCAGAUGGGAGGAUUGCAGAACUGGGGACUCACUUGGAGCUAUUGGCUAAGAAGGGUCCAUAUGCUGCCUUGGUCGGCACACAGAGGCUGGCUUUUGAAUGAUCCUAGGGUUCCUUAUAAUGAACGACGAUCUACACGUUGCUCGAAAGGUGCGCGAGUUGCAAGAU